AUGAAUGCGAUACCACUCACCGUGGCUGAGGCCGAGCAGCUCGUCGAUGAAGCGACUGGCAGUCCUCAUGGUGCACGGUUCGAAACCGCGGAGUUCGAAUUAGUGUAUGUUGCUGCAACCACGGAGGGUCUGCUGGACGAUGCCGCUGACGAUCUGAGUAUAGACCAGACACCAAAUGCCCAAAUAGGGGCAGAAACAGCCGAAGAAGCUGAUUAUAUCGACCACCUUCUAGAGCAAGACAAGGUCCGACCAGUGUCACAGGAUGAUGACACUGAGCCUGUCGUGUUCGCCGUGAAUGAUGGAUCACACGCGCCAGACUAUACACUACCUCGUCUGAGGUACGAUCCUACAGCACCCGGCAACGCAGUAGCAGAGGAUUUCGCCAGCUACGAACCUGGUUCUGUGCUGCCAGCCGAAAUGAUCCCCCAGUACGCGGAUUACUUGACCGAAUCUCCAGUUGGAAUGGAGGAUGAUAUCCACACGGCGAUGUCAACGCCUGUGAACCACACAUUCCGCAAUGCACGAAACUCGGUCGAAGUGACGAUGGAUCAGUGGCAUGCGAGGCGUCUACAGCGGUCAGAACUACCGCCACGACCAGCUCGCACCACUGCUCCUUUACUCACCCUCAUCAUUCCCACGGAUGUCGCCAGGACAGGCACAUCGCAUAUGUACCCACCUCGGCGCCCAAGAACGCCAUCUUCACGACACCGACUAUGCGGGAGUUCCUUACUCAGCCAGGUCAAGAACGUCGUCACCAAGACAAAGAACAAGCUCCUAGGACGACACAAGGGCGUUGAUAGCCGUCUCCUGCCGUCAAAGACAGACGCGCUGGCCGACAAGUGGGAUGAGGACGAGUACUACACCAUUCUCGUUCGUCAUGGUGACGACGGAGAAGAAGUGAGUCCAUACACCACCUCGUCACCACCGCCACCUCGUCGCGCAUUUGAUGUGCAGCGACAUCCCCUCACACCUGUGCAAGUGCCACUGCUAGCUGCACCUCCUACGACACCACUCCCAUCUCUAUUUCCUCCACGACCACUACGGCGGACUAGCAGAAUAGACUUCGCCAACACACCUGUACCAGAUCUAGGUACGCCAGCACCACCACAAGCACCUAAGAAGAAGCUUGCGGUAAUGAAAGAGCGAGGUAUUGAAGAGAUUCACUUCGAUUGGGACUCCAGUGACGAUGAAGAUGAAGAAGCAGACGAGGAAAUCUAG